AAGAUAUCUUGAAUGGUCAUAAACUCAGUAACAUAAAAUAUUCCCAGUGCGGUAGUUCUCUUGUAAUUAACAUAAGUGCAGUUUUAUUUAUAUUAAUCGAUUAAUGCUGAGAUAAUUGUGUUUAGAAUAGCGUACAAUUAAUAUCAGAUUAAGAUGUCGUUAAUAAAGGUAUCAUUCUGUGCUUUGGUGGUCCUGUCUUUAGUGUACGAAUCCACAAGCAUACUCUGUUACGAUUGCAAUAGUGCCAACAAUUCAGCCUGUCUCGAUGUUAAGAAGUAUGAGAGUGGUGAACAUCCAUACAUCGUACCAAUCAUCGACUGCGAGCGGUCCAUCCCUAAUUCCAACCAAAUGCAGUUCUUCUGUAGGAAAAUUGUUCAAACCAUAUUCCACUCGCAUCGCGACUCCGAAGUCCGCGUGACCCGCAGUUGCGGCUGGAGGCUUCAUGAGAAGGACUGCUAUAAAGAUGAUAACAGUGACCACCUCGGUACUGUAUGCCAGUGCUUUCACGAUAUGUGCAAUAGCGGCGAGGCUGUCGACCCCACUGGCAUCACCGUUCUGUUCCUAUGCCUCGCCGCCAUUUUGUAUUUUUGGCGCUAAUAAAUAAUUUUUAACAUG